CCUGUGCUUCAGCCUGGUAUUACAUGCAUGCGCACUUACACAAAAAAAAUCCUCCGCUAGAUGGCGGUGUUGGAUGAUGUCAUGUCCAGGAGAAGAAUUUUUGUACAGUCGCGUGUGUGUACACAAUUGCGCGAUAUUUUAACCCCCCCUCCCCUAAUAUAAUGACAUAAUAUAAGUAGACCAAAAUGUUCUCACGUUUCAUUAUAAUGUACAGACGUCUACUUAAUACUGCCUUGUGUAAAUAGUCAAUCAUACUCAUCACAUUCUUUUAGUUGCAUGAAUAUGUAACCGUUUCAGUUGGAGCUCCCUCUUCUCCAAGUGACAUCCCUUGCACGCGUGGCCUUAUACAAACACCUCCAGUCUGAUUGGCUGACACGCAACGGAGGCCGGUACAGAGCAAGACUUGAUUAGCAUAGCUAAGCAGGUCCAUAAAUGAGCUCCAAGGGUCUCACCUGACGCUGAAGACGAAGAGCCAGAGGGUCGUGCGACACACCGGAUCAGUCCACUCAUGCGUAAAAGCGCACAGCCAGGCGAACUUUGGAAGCAGUGUGGGCCCCCACCACGGUUGUGCUGCCCCCGGUGACCGGAGCCUCCCCCUCUACCACCACCACCUCUACCCCAGCUUGGCUACUUAGUGACGUUCACGGCCGGUUGUGUUGAGUCAAGAGCACCCACCCGGUCACCCAUGAGGCUGGAGGCCGCAGCCAGGAUGGAUCUGUUCAGGAAGCUGUGGAGGGCGAGGAAUCUGAUCGUGGUGAUUUUCAUCCCGCUGUCCCUGUUGCCACUUCCUCUCGUCCACCCCACCAGCGAGGCGUGUUGCGCAUAUGUGCUCAUCGUGACGGCAAUCUACUGGGUGUCGGAGGCUGUUCCCUUGGGUGCUGCCGCCCUUGUCCCCGCCUUCCUAUACCCACUCUUUGGGGUCCUCAAGUCAAGUGAGGUGGCGGCCGAGUACUCGAAAGACACCACGUUGCUGCUGAUGGGAGUCAUCUGUCUGGCCGCGUCCAUCGAAAAGUGGAACCUGCACAAGCGCAUCGCCUUGCGCAUGGUGAUGGUCGCCGGGGCCAAGCCUGGCAUGUUGGUGUUGGGCUUCAUGUGUUGCACGGUCUUCCUGUCCAUGUGGCUCAGCAACACGUCCACCACAGCCAUGGUGAUGCCCAUCGCCGAGGCUGUCCUGCAGCAACUCAUAUGCACCGGCAUGGCCGACAACCUCGAACCCGACGCCACGGAGGAUGACAGCGCCGUUUCAGACAAGGAGGAAAAACUGGACAAGAAUCAACUGGCGCUGCUGUACCGUAAUGACAGCAACAAUUGCGACAAACAGGAACUGUCCACACUUAGUGAGGAUCAGACGGGAGAAGUCAACGGGGUCGGCGCGAAUCCAAAUAGCAACCAAGAUUGCAUCACGCAUACCAACGGACACUUGCCGCAGGUAGCCAUCGAAAUCCCAAACGUGAAGCGCGUGAAGGCCCGGCGAGACUCACAGUAUCCUACCAAGCGGGAUCACAUGAUCUGUAAAUGUCUGACACUCAGCAUCACCUACGCCGCGACCAUCGGCGGACUCAUCACCAUCACCGGCACCUCCACCAACCUCAUAUUCGCCGAGCAGUUUAACACGCGCUAUCCAGAUGCCAAGGUGAUCAAUUUCGGCACAUGGUUCAUCUUCAGCUUCCCCAUCGCCAUCAUCAUGCUGUUCCUCACCUGGUUGUGGCUGCACUUCCUCUUCCUGGGCUGCAACUUCAGGGAAACGUGCUCGCUGAGUAAGAAACGCAAGUCCAAGAGGGAGAUGAUGUCCGAGAAGAGAAUCCACGAGGAGUAUGAAAAACUGGGGCCGAUCAGCUACCCAGAGGUCGUCACCGGUGUUUUCUUCAUCCUGAUGACUCUGCUGUGGUUCACGCGAGAGCCCGGUUUUGUGCCAGGCUGGACCUCGCUUUUUGAGAAGAAAGGCUAUCGGACCGACGCGACGGUGUCGGUCCUCCUGGGCUUCCUGCUCUUCCUCAUUCCUGCAAAGCGACCCUUCUCCUCAACCCGUUUGAGCUACAGAGACCCAGCAUCAGACCCGCUGUCUCCCAUGAUCACCUGGAAGGACUUCCAGAGGCUCAUGCCGUGGGAGAUCGUCAUCCUGGUGGGCGGGGGCUACGCACUUGCCGCCGGCUGCAAGGUGUCCGGCUUGUCGGUGUGGAUCGGCCGGCAGCUGGAGCCCAUGAGCGGUCUCCCGCCCUGGGCCGUCACCCUGCUCGCCUGCCUGCUGGUGUCGGCGGUCACAGAGUUCGCCUCCAACCCGGCGACGCUCACCGUCUUCCUGCCCAUCCUCUCCGCGCUGUCCGAGACCUUGCGCAUCAACCCCCUGCACACUUUAAUCCCCUCCACUAUGUGCGUGUCAUUCGGGGUCAUGCUUCCAGUGGGGAACCCCCCCAACGCCAUCGUCUUCAGCUACGGCCACCUGCAGAUCAGCGACAUGGUCAAAGCGGGUUUCGGGGUGAACCUGAUCGGCGUUGCCGUGGUGAUGUUGGCCAUCACCACAUGGGGGGUGCCCCUCUUUAAUUUGACUGAGUUUCCAGCCUGGGCUGUGGCCGCAAAUGUUACCAGCAGCUUAUAGCCCCGCCGCCUCCUCCACUCGGAGGAAAAUGAGAUGACCAGAGAGUGUUAAGAAAGCCUUUCUACAGAAGAGGAGGCAUGAAAAGUCUUGAGUGAACUUAUGAGAAGGGGGAUAGAGGGAAGAAGCUGCUUUAGGGGGCAAUCUGCGAUUCACAAUGAAAGCUGUUUUAAAAAAAAAAAAAAGAUUUUAUAUCCUUAAGUGUAUGUAAUUACUGUAUUCACUGUGCGAUGGCCUUUCAAAGUUCCUUCUACUGUACAGUAUUUUGGGAAAGCAUUUUCAGUAGUGCCUUUCAAUUAGUCAACAGUACUCAGCACAGUAAAAGGAUGUCAUUGUAGGUUUACGGGUGCAAUUGUUGCGAUGACAGAGAACAGAGGAUGUAAAGAUCAUGAAUUUUCCUCAUACAGGUCAAACAUACAAAGCAAUCCAGACAAAGGAAGGGGGGAAAAAAAAAAAUCCUAAUUUGCUCCACGGAAACGAGGCAAGGAUUUUUGGUGUCAUCGUAAUCACAGAUUAAGUAAAGCGCAUCGAUUUUAGAA